CGUUGGCAACUCCACUUGUGCUGACAUGAUUGCAACGAGUUUCAUGUUUUGCCUGUUGCGACUGGCUACAGGCUUAGUAGCUCCAGAACAGGUCCACCUGUCGUAUGGGUACUUGCCAAGCGAGAUGUUCGUUAUGUGGGCGACAGACGAAGAAGCGUCGUCUCGCGUUCAUGUCACGCUGGCACCAGCCAAUAUGAAGUCACAGUGGGCUGUAGUAGAGGGGGAAUGUUGGAACUUUUCCUACGGAAAUCCUGAUGGUCUGCAGAUCAUUCACCGCGUCAAUCUAACUAAUCUAAGUCCAGGCCAGAUGUACACAUACUAUGCUGAAAGUAAUGGAAAGAAUUCAAAUCUUUAUAACUUCACAGCUAUGCAUGUGGAUCGCAGCUGGACUCCUCAGUUUGUUUUCUAUGGCGAUAUGGGAACAUAUGGUAGCGAUGGUCCACCUAUUUUCAGUCAUUUGAAGAAAGAAGUUGAUAACCCUGAAACGGCUGCUAUUUUCCACGUUGGAGACUUUGCUUAUGACUUCGACUCUGAUGGUGGAAAGAAUGGUGAUAAGUUCAUGAACAUGAUUGAAGUUGUUGCAGCUAAGGUUCCGUAUAUGGGGACUAUGGGAAAUCAUGAGAUUCCACACAACUAUAGUCAUUACCUGAACAGACUGACUAUGCCAACACCAAAAAGCAGCCGCUUUUGGUACAGUAUCGACAUUGGACUUAUACAUUUUAUUAGCUACUCAACAGAAAUCUAUUUCACUAAUGGUCCAGUGAGUGAUCAAUUCACUUGGCUUGAACAGGAUCUGAAGAAAGCAAAUAGCAACAGAGAAAAGCAACCAUGGAUAAUUGCGUUUGGUCAUAGACCGAUGUAUUGCUCGAAUUAUGAUUCAAACGACUGCAGCAAAGUCAAGUCAAUUAUUCGAACUAAGUUAGAGCCAUUGUUUUAUGAGUAUGGUGUGGACAUGGUCGUUCAAGGUCAUGAGCAUUCUUAUGAACGUCUUUGGCCUGUGUACAAUGAGACUGUGACAGCAAAGAACUACGAAAAUCCACAGGCACCAGUUCACAUCAUUACAGGCAAGGCAGGAUGUCAAGAAGAUUAUGGAUUAUGUACUGAUCCUAUAUUUGAGUCUGGAGGGCCUUGGUCUGCCUACACGUCAUGGGUGCCUUGGAUUCAUGGCUAUGGAGUUCUCAAAGCUGAGAAUUCUACUCAUCUGUACUGGACUCAAAAGUUUCAGAUUUUAGGCUUUGAGUACGAUGAAGAUGCAAUAGUCGUGGUGCAGCACCACCACGGUAAUUAUUCUAGAGUGUAACAGUUAAUUAAGCCAUCAACAAGUAGACUGUGUGUAGAAUGAUGUGUAGCAUAUGUUAUUUAUAACAUUUUAUGAAGAGAUGCUGUAUUAUCUAGAGAAGGACGAGGUGGCAUCUUUUUAGUGUGGACUUAGAGUGAUGGAAGUUUAAUACACAAAAGUGUCAGAGAGGAGGGGCUGGGAAGACCUGUGCACUUUCAGUCUCUUGCCUAGC